CUCCCACCCAACUCUCAGUACCUUACCCUACCUAACCUAACCAGAGUCCAUAUUGCCCCCAAAAUUCCCGUGCAAUCACCUGUUUAUUCCCAGCGACCCAAGACCUCUUAUUUCCCUUCCUCCGACUUCCCCGUUCCAUUGCCGUCCGUCCGUCCCUUUGAGCACGGCGAACACGACCCCCGGAAGGGCACCGCCGUUUUUUUCAAAGCUUGAUUCAUUUAUUCCCGGCACACGGAAGGCGCCUGUGUCCGGAAUCCAACCGCCGUGUAACUCCAUUCGCAACUCCUGCCGAUUCCCGGUCGCCCGGAGGUCGGGCCUGUCCUGAUUCCAAAAGGAAACCGAGUAAAGCGAACCUCAUCGUUUCAAUCACCCCCUCGCGGCGUGCCCACACGGCCGAGACUGGGGCAGGGAGAACGGGGGGGGGGAAAGGGCACAACUGAUUGCUUACCAUUCAAUCUUAUUGUCCGCCGGCGCCGGCAUUGGCAUCGCCAUCGACCACCGAAUCGGUGACGACACUUUUCCAUUGACACCCCGGAGUCUCCCUCCUUCGAACCGAACUCAUUGACGCCUCCAUCUUGAGCUGCCAUCUACCGUCUGCCCUUUUGCAGUCCGCCGCCAUGGUACCUCAACCCCAUUCUCGGCAACAGCAGCAGCAGCAGCAGCAGCAACCAUACACGCCGAACUCGGCCUCGACCAUCUACGCGUCGCCCGCCUCGGAAAACGGACGCCUGCCACCAAAUGGAGCCUCUCACCCAUCGACGGCGACGAAAGCAGGAACAACAGUCGUACCAAAGACCGAGCCAUCACCUGCAUCAUCCUUGACCCCCGGUUACCCCCCCUCCAGCGGCUUCAAGAGGGCCGAGAGUGUCGACGCCGCCAACUCGGCCAGCCCCGAUGAUGCGAACCCCGACGAGCCUUCCAAGAAGAAGCAGAGGCGCAACAAGCCCACCUUGUCCUGCGCCGAGUGCGUCGAGCGCAAGACAAAGUGUGAUCGCGGCAGGCCCCAUUGCCUAGCAUGUAUCAAGCGGCAGACGGAAUGCAAAUAUGCAGUCGUCGCCAACAUCCUUGACGAAACAUCACGUUCCAUCACCAAUGGCCGUCGCAUGACCAAGCCCCCAAAGAAGAAGCCCUCGGAUCUCUCCACCAUUCCCAAUAUCGCCGACAGGGGCCUCAUCGAAGGCCGCGGCUUCACAUCCCGCGGCUCAGUCGGCUCCAUCGCCUUUUCCUCCUCCACCGGCCUGCUCUCCAACGUGCCCUACUCGCUGCCCACUGCCAGCAACGUCUUUGGCAUCGGUUCCGAGCACCCCUUUGCCAACUACUGGACCUGCGAGGGCGGCCUGCCCGAGGUCAUAUCCGUCCUGCCCGACAAGAUCCAGGCCGACAUCCUGCUGGCCCAGUACUUCGAGUGCGUCGACCCUGUCUACCCCAUGAUCCACCGCCAGACCUUUUACGCCGACUACGAGCACUUUUGGAGUUUGAGCCCCGACGAGAAGAACCGUGUCGAUGCCGCCUUCAUCGGUCUCAUCUUCGUCAUGCUGGCCUUGGGCACCCAGUUUGUGACGUCGACCUCCCCCAAGGACGGCAAGCAGACGGCCGAAUUCUACGCCUCGGCAAGUAACCAAGCGCUGCGCAUGUUUUCCUAUCUGAGCGCUGCUUCAUUACGCUCCAUCCAAGCCAUGGUGUUGCUGACCUACUUUCUUAUCAACGACAACCACGCCUCAGACGGGUGGGCCUUCGCGGGUAUCCUGAUACGCCAGGCAUACGCAAUGGGCCUGCAUCGCGACCCCAAUAUCGUGACCCCUGAAGCCAGCAUCUUCGAGAAACAGCAGCGUCGCAAACUAUGGCAAGCGGUGCUCCUCCAGGACACCUUCCUCACAGUUCUCCUCUCGCUGCCGCCGUCAGCAACGCACACGGACGUGUCGGUCGAGGACCUCCUCGACGACGGAUCGGCCAUCGCCUCGAGCGACCCGACCGACAUCGCCUACAUCCGCGGGUCCUGGACGCUGGCGAACCUGGUGCAAGAGACGAUCUGCUCCGCGCGGUCUCUGGACCUGCCCAUCUGCUCGACGCCGCGGCACAAGUCCAAGCUCCUCUCGGACUUCCGCGCCGUGUACCGCUCGUUCCCGGACAUCUUCCGGUCGUGGGACUCAGAGAGCCUCACGGCGCUGGCGCGGACCAACAAGCGCGUCGUGCGGCAGACGCUGUUCCUGACGAGCAACUACCACCACAACAUCAUGCUCGUGCACGCGUCCGAGAGUCCCGACACGCCCGUCAACAUGCGGGGCACGCUUGAGGCGGCACACGAGGCCAUCACGUCCUUCUUUCUGCUAUUCAACAUAUUUGAGCUCGAGGCGCGCGUGUGGUGGGUCUUCAACCACCGGGCGUUCCUCGAGGCGCUCUGCAUUGGCAGCGUGCUCCGCGAGGCGGCGAGGGAGCCGUCGACGGCCGACAUGGCCGAGAGGGAUCCGUUGUUUGUGCGGGGGAGAGCGGAUAUCGCGCGCAUGAUCCAGAUCAUGGAGUUGAUGGGCGAGGGCGAGCAGGGGUCCGAUGUAGCGCGGGCACGGGUGCAGGUGUUGAAGGACCUCCUCUGAGCUGGCGUGGUCUGCUGGCUACGGAGUAUUCGUUCAGUUCUAUGGAGGCAAAGUGUACGGGGUUCGAGCUGUUGUCCAGGGGGUGUCGUGUUUCGUAGAUGUUGUUGUUCUUUGGGGUGUCAGUCCAACCCUGAUGUGCAAAGCGGCACACCAGCGUGUAGGAUGGCAUGGGGCGCUGUCAUUCUGCGAGCGAUCUUAUCUAAUCUGUCGGCUCCUUGUUUGUUGUUUUGGGAGGGCGAUAUUUGGUCUCAAGAUGGCCUAGGGGGAGAGAGGACGGCGGCGCGUAUUUUGGCGCACUUCUCAACUGCCGCUGGAUCGCAUGUUUGUUUCUCGUCGCACUCCCUCCAACCCCGAGGGGUGGGGAGGUUGUUCUCGCGGCAACACUGGUAUAUCUCGGCUCUUGUCCCUUCUAGAGGGGCUAGUAGUGUACUGCUUAAUCACAGGGCCAGUGGGCCUUUUGUCUUCUCUU